AUGACGUACAAAUUCUGGCACAUGAAGCAAGUAUCUGAUGAUCUCCCAACAAAUAAUUCCCAUGUCUUUGAUCCUAUGAUUCCAUAUGAUUCAGACAUAGCAAGUCAGGAGUCUUGUUAUACUCCUCAGCUUCUCCAACCUCAGGAAUUAUCUACAGAUCUUACUUCAGCAGACCUCAGCUUUCUCACUGAUGACCAGGACCAGCAAAAUGAUGAUGGUGGAAACAGUUAUACAACAGAGCAACAAACGAUAAAGGAGAGCCAACUGUUCUCAGAUGUUAAUAAUAAUGAUGGUAUUAUUACACUUGAACCUGAAAACAUUAGCCAGUUGCCAUGCCAAUCAACAAAUGAAGGAACUGUCACUCCAAUUGAUAAUGAAUCAUCAUCAGUUUGCCGAGUACCAAUGACUCCUAUGACACCUGUAACACCAAUGACCCCAGUAGAAAGUUCUGGAAUAUGUCCCCAGUUACAAAAUAUUGUUUCCACUGUUAAUUUGGCCUGCAAACUGGAACUGAAGAGAAUUGCUCUUCAUGCAAGAAAUGCUGAAUAUAAUCCAAAGCGGUUUGCUGCAGUGAUUAUGCGAAUUCGAGAGCCCAGAACUACAGCUCUAAUCUUCAGUUCAGGCAAGAUGGUUUGCACGGGAGCUAAAAGUGAAGAACAGUCUCGAUUAGCAGCUAGGAAAUAUGCUCGUAUUGUUCAGAAACUUGGAUUUCCAGCAAAAUUUCUUGAUUUUAAAAUCCAGAACAUGGUUGGAAGUUGUGAUGUGAAAUUUCCGAUAAGAUUAGAAGGUUUGGUUCUUACACAUCAACAAUUCAGCAGCUAUGAACCAGAAUUGUUCCCAGGUCUUAUUUACAGAAUGGUUAAGCCAAGAAUUGUUUUGCUCAUAUUUGUUUCUGGCAAGGUUGUUUUGACAGGUGCCAAAGUACGUUCGGAGAUCUAUGAAGCAUUUGAGAACAUUUAUCCCAUCUUAAAAGGGUUUAAGAAGGCAUAAUGACAAAAGCAGGACCUUUCUGCUGACAUCUAGAUACAGUGAUCAAUACACACAGCUGAGCACAGGGCAGCACACUGAAUGUUGCAUUUCACAAAUUCAGAUGAUAAAUAUUCAAACCACCACCUUUUCACACAAUCCUCAUUGGGUAAAACUCUUGCUGGGAAUUCAUUCCAUGUAGUAAUCACAAUUUAUUUAAAUAAUAACUUCUUGAUGUUGCAACUAACGUCUUACUUUUAAUCAUUUCAAAUAUCUGUUUAUUAACUUAUUUGUAUGAUUCACCCCUUAUAAAUAUCAUACGAUAUCAAUGUUAACUCACCUUUUAAGACUGAAAAGUCCAAGCUUUCUCAGACUUUUCCCCAAAUUGUUCAGAAAGCCGUUCGAUUCUUCAUUGGUCUCAGUUAUACUCUGAUCCUGAACUCUAGGUUUUAAAUGCAAUUUGCUUUUGUACCCUGCUAUUUAGGUUCUUUUGUUUUGAUCUUUCUUUUCUAUUUAACUUUUCUAAUUGUUAUUCUGCAUUGAUUGAAAAUGGAAUGCUAGGUCUCUUUGUGGUGUUUGUGCCAUUUCCUCCCCACACACACACUUUUAUGCAGCAUCUUAUUUAUGUUUCUUUAAAUCUAAUUUCAUUCCCUGAACCACAUAUUUUGCUCAGGUAAUUUUGUAAAUUUUGCACUAUUGUUCCUAAUGUUUUACCAUUUUGAACCAAACUGUUGGUAUAAAUUUGAAAGUAGUAAUUCCAACGUUAAUCUCUGGAGUAGCACAUUCAAUAUUUUAGCCUCUCUUUAAAAUGUUCUUUUAUAAACAGACCUAAUUUAUGUAACAAUGUCAAUUUUGUCUGAUGUGAGAGGAAAGAAGUUGAAUGUCUUAAAGGUGCCAAACUUAUGAAACAAAA